CGGCGGGCGGCGGCGAGGGGGCGCCCGGGCGACGGCGGCGCGGCUGCGGGGCCUGCGGGCGGGCGGGCCGGGCCGGGCCAGGCCGCGAUGGCGACCAAGAAGGCGGGCUCGCGGCUGGAGACGGAGAUCGAGCGCUGCCGCUCCGAGUGCCAGUGGGAGCGGAUCCCCGAGCUCGUCAAGCAGCUGUCCGCCAAGCUCAUCGCCAACGAUGACAUGGCGGAGCUGCUCCUCGGGGAGUCGAAGCUGGAGCAGUACCUGAAGGAGCACCCGCUGCGGCAGGGCGCCAGCCCCCGCGGCCCCAGGCCCCAGCUGACCGAGGUCCGCAAGCAUCUGACCGCCGCCCUGGACCGAGGGAACCUCAAGUCAGAGUUGCUGCAAGAGUCCAAUCUGAUCCUGGCCAAGCUGAACUACGUGGAAGGAGAUUACAAGGAAGCGCUCAACAUUUACGCGCGCGUGGGCCUGGAAGACCUGCCGCUGGCGGCCGUCCCUCCAUACCGGCUGCGGCUGAUGGCGGAGGCCUACGCCACCAAAGGACUUUGUUUGGAGAAGCUGCCCAUUUCCUCUUCCGCCAGCAACCUCCACGUGGACCGGGAGCAGGACGUGGUCACCUGCUACGAGAAGGCCGGCGACAUCGCGCUGCUGUACCUCCAAGAGAUAGAGAGGGUAAUCCUUACUAAUAUCCAAAACAGAAGCCCUAAGCCUGGCCCUGCUCCCCACGAUCAAGAACUAGGCUUUUUCCUAGAAACAGGACUUCAGAGAGCCCAUGUCCUCUAUUUCAAAAAUGGGAUAGAUGUGUAUGAAGACCGACAGAACCUGACGAGAGGGGUCGGGAGAUUCAGAGAGCUCCUCAGAGCGGUCGAAACGAGGACCACCCAAAACCUCCGGAUGACCAUCGCGAGGCAGCUGGCGGAGAUCCUGCUGCGGGGCAUGUGCGAGCAGAGCUACUGGAACCCCCUGGAGGACCCGCCGUGCCAGUCGCCUCUGGACGACCCUCUCCGGAAGGGAGCGAACUCGAAAACCUACACCCUCACUCGGAAAGCCCGCGUCUACUCAGGAGAGAACAUUUUUUGUCCUCAAGAAAAUACUGAAGAAGCCCUGUUACUACUGCUGAUUAGUGAAUCUAUGGCCAACCGGGACGCUGUGCUGAGCAGGAUCCCCGAGCACAGGAGCGACCGCCUCAUCAGCCUACAGAGCGCCUCCGUGGUCUACGACCUGCUGACCAUCGCCCUGGGCAGAAGGGGCCAGUAUGAGAUGCUGUCGGAGUGCCUGGAAAGAGCCAUGAAGUUCGCCUUUGAGGAGUUCCACCUGUGGUACCAGUUCGCUCUGUCACUCAUGGCUGCCGGAAAGUCUGCCCGUGCUGUGAAGGUGCUGAAGGAGUGCAUCCGGCUGAAGCCCGACGACGCCACCAUCCCCCUCCUGGCCGCCAAGCUGUGCAUGGGCUCCCUUCACUGGUUGGAAGAGGCAGAGAAGUUUGCCAAAACAGUCGUCGAUGUGGGAGAGAAGACGUCCGAGUUCAAGGCCAAAGGCUACUUAGCUCUGGGGCUCACGUACAGUCUGCAGGCCACUGACGCUUCGCUGCGAGGGAUGCAGGAGGUCCUGCAGAAGAAGGCGCUCCUUGCAUUUCAGAGGGCCCACAGCCUGUCACCCACCGACCACCAAGCAGCUUUCUACCUGGCUCUGCAGCUCGCCAUCUCCCGACAGAUCCCGGAGGCGCUGGGGUACGUGCGCCAGGCGCUGCAGCUGCAAGGCGACGACGCCAACGCCCUGCACCUGCUGGCCCUCCUGCUGUCCGCGCAGAAGCACCACCACGACGCGCUGAACAUCGUGGACAUGGCCCUGAGCGAGUACCCGGAAAAUUUCAUACUGCUGUUUUCCAAAGUGAAGCUGGAGUCGCUGUGCCGGGGCCCGGACGAGGCGCUGCUCACCUGCAAGCACAUGUUACAGAUCUGGAAGUCCUGCUACAACCUGACCAAUCCCAGUGACUCUGGACGUGGGAGCAGCCUCUUAGAUAGAACCAUUGCAGACAGACGACAGCUUAACACAAUCACUUUGCCGGACUUCAGUGACCCGGAGACAGUGUCAGAUUCCUCCUCCUCCUCCUGUUCUCUUUCAAGAACCGAAUCUCCUCUCCACCUGUUUGUAUCUUCUCAUCUCCAUCCUCAUCCCAAACCCGACACCUUUGUGUGGCCCCCCGCCGCGCGCUCAUUCAGUGACCCCGGCCCCCGCCAGGAGCCCUCUCUGUGCUCCAUCCAUGCCACGUCGGUGGCGGCCUCCCGCGUGGAGCAGGCGCUGUCAGAGGUGGCCUCGUCGCUGCAGAGCAGCGCCCCCAAGCAGGGCCCGCUGCACCCCUGGAUGACGCUGGCACAGAUCUGGCUCCACGCAGCGGAGGUCUACAUCGGCAUCGGGAAGCCCGCUGAAGCCACGGCCUGCACCCAGGAGGCCGCCAACCUCUUCCCGAUGUCCCACAACGUCCUGUACAUGCGGGGCCAGGUUGCCGAGCUGCGGGGCCACAUCGACGAAGCCCGGCGGUGGUACGAAGAAGCCUUGUCCAUCAGCCCCACCCACGUGAAGAGCAUGCAGCGGCUGGCCCUGAUCCUACACCAGCUGGGCCGCUACAGUCUAGCGGAGAAGAUUCUUCGAGACGCAGUGCAGGUGAACUCGACGGCCCACGAGGUCUGGAACGGGCUGGGCGAGGUCCUGCAAGCCCAGGGCAACGACACAGCAGCCACCGAGUGCUUCCUGACGGCCUUGGAGCUGGAGGCCAGCAGCCCCGCCGUGCCCUUCACCAUCAUCCCCCGCGUGCUCUGAGCCGGCGCCCGCCAGCCUUCCCUCCCCCCACCCCCUGCCCGUGGUGCACCAAGGGGACGGGUCCGCCACACCGAGGCCCCGGGAGAAUGCGCGACGGACCACCGUGGACUAACCAAGCAGGCCCCCCAUCACCACACACUGCACCCCCCACCUGCGUUUCUGUUGUUCCCGCCAGCCCAGCGACCAUUUCUGAGUCUACUGACGUGGUUCAGGACGGAUUGCCGUGCCAUAUUCUGUUAGUCGACAUCUGAGUUUUAAGUAACACGAUUAUGGAAUUAAUCAGCAAAAGUAGAAAAAUAUAUUCCAAGUUAAAAUUCAGUGGCAGAACAGAUUAUUUUUAUCCGAGCUGUAAAGGGAGCGGUUCUCUCCUCCUCACCACGCCCGCCCCACCCGUGGCCCGGAAACCGAAUGUGAAUCUCCUUUUUCCCACCUCAGUGCUAGUCCGAGCCAGGACACCAGCCAACACUCUCUUGGUUUUGUUGUCGAUAAUUGUACCACGUGAUCAAUUACCGUCCUCACGUAGAGCAAAGCCUGAGUCCGAGAAUAUUUAUAUUUUACCAAUAUAUGCCUGUUACAAGAGAAGGAAAUAUGAGUUAUUUAAGUUUAACUUUUUUAUGUGAAUUCAGAGUUUAUUUAUCAAUGGAAAUAUGUACAAAGAAGCUUCAAAUGGAAUAUUUACCGACAUUCCUUAUACAUGACAGACACUUGGCUAAAUGGGAAGAUGAUGUUAAUAAUAAAAUGAUUUUUAAAUGGA